AUGGGUGAUGGACUAGGAAAACCCGCCUUUGACACUUUUCAAACAAUCUUGAGAUUUUUGAUUCAAAUUAAAGUGCCGUUUUCUAUCUAUUUAUUGACUGAUGACUCAAUUAAAUUAUAUUGGUCAAUUAGUAUGUUAUAA